ACUCGCCCGCUCCUGUCACUCACCAAGAACCCAGAGAAAGAGAGGGAGGGAGGGGAGGAGCUCAGCUCUUUCGUUUCUUCCUCCUCCGUCUCGUCGGCUCCAGCCAUCACACAUUUCCUCUCCCGUCUCUGUUAUCUGUCCGUGGAGAGCUAGAUUUGGCAACCAGCGCGAGCGAGCACCGUCCCCGCCGUCGAAAGCUCGCCACCGACGAACCGACCAUGGUCUCGGCCGAAACCAUCCGCACGGCCAUCGGCGUCAUCGGCAAUGGUACCGCCCUUGUGCUCUUCCUCUCCCCAGUGCCGACGUUCUACCGCAUCUGGAAGAAGCGCGCGGUGGAGCAGUACUCGGCGAUCCCGUACGUGGCGACGCUGCUCAACUGCAUGAUGUGGGUGCUGUACGGCCUCCCCGUGGUGCACCCGCACAGCAUGCUCGUCAUCACCAUCAACGGCACCGGCAUGGCGAUCCAGCUCACCUACGUCACGCUCUUCCUCCUCUACUCGACGGGGGCCGCCCGCCGCAAGGUCAUGCUCCUGCUCGCCGCCGAGGUCGCCUUCGUCGGCGCCGUCGCCGCGCUCGUGCUGACCCUCGCGCACACGCACGAGCGCCGCUCCAUGAUCGUCGGCGUCCUCUGCGUCCUCUUCGGGACCGGCAUGUAUGCCGCGCCGCUCGCCGUCAUGAAAAUGGUGAUCCAGACGAAGAGCGUGGAGUACAUGCCCCUGUUCCUGUCUCUGGCCUCCCUGGUGAACGGCAUCUGCUGGACUGCCUACGCGCUCAUCAAAUUCGACCUCUACAUCACCAUCCCCAACGGCCUGGGCGUGCUCUUCGCGGUGGCGCAGCUGAUCCUCUACGCCAUCUACUACAAGUCGACGCAGGAGAUCAUCGAGGCGCGCAAGCGCAAGGCCGACCAGAUCGCCAUGACCGAGGUCGUCGUCGACGCCACCACCACCAGGGCCUCCAACACCACCGCCGGCUACUGAUGACGGCGGAAAGACACCGGCGGCGGACAACCAAGCUACUACCGUCCUCCUCUCCUUCCCGAAGGGAUGGAUCGAUGUGUCUGCGUAUGCAUCCUAUGAUAACGCUGCCGUCGCCGCCGCCGCCGCCGCCGCCGCCGCUCUGAUUUUAUAUUUUGCUUACUACUAGUAACCUUGAAGGAAAACAAAAACAAGAGAACUGCAGAACGAGGGCUGCACUGCACUCCUGCGCUCACCUUCUAUCAUCAUAUAAUAUGAUCAUCUUCCGGUGCAGUGUUACAGCUGCUGUUAGUGGAGGGCCUUUGCUUGUUCUGAUGACGCAGCCCAUAGCUGCUCGAUCGGUUUUCCAGUAAUUUCAGUACUAUUCUAAUGCUCUGUUUUUUCCUUUCCUUUCCUUUUCUUUUCUUUUCUUUUCUCUUCUUUUGUUGCCCCUUCUGCCUUCCUCUCUUCUAUGCUGUAAAUGGGAGGAUGGUACUGCUGAGGAUUAAAAAAAAAGAUUUCUGAAAAAAA